GGACAUCCAAGAAACUUCGCCACUAGAUGUUAACCAACACCACUUACCUACUUUCAAGAAUGGAUCCCAUAAAAUUCAUUUUUGAAAAACCUACCCUUUCUGGAAGAAUCUCUCGGUGGCAUAUGUUGCUUUCCGAAUUUGAUAUUGUUUACACCACACAAAAGGCCAUCAAAAGGCAAGCCAUUACAGAUCAUUUAGCCGAACAUGCGGCAGAAGAUUAUGAGCCUAUUGAUUGGGAUUUUCCUGAUGAAGACAUUUUGGCAUUGGAGGCAAAAUCUGAUUCAGACAAUUGGAAGCUCUUAUUUGAUGGAGCUGUUAACCAGCUUGGUUGUGGCCUUGGAGCCGUGUUGGUAUCCCCAAAGGGAGAUCAUUUUCCUGUUGCUAUAGAGCUUGAUUUUGCUUGUACCAACAACAUAGCCGAAUAUGAAGCUUGUAUUGCAGGAAUACAUGCUGCUCUGGAUAUGAAUGUCCGAGAUUUGGAGAUAUAUGGUGAUUCAGCGCUAAUCAUAUGUCAAACAAAUGGCGAUUGGCAAACCAAAGAUCCAAAACUUAUUCCCUAUCACCAAUAUCUUGAAACUCUCAUCAAGAAAUUCAGAUUCAUCUCUUUGAACCAUAUGCCCCGUGCCAAGAAUCAGUUUGCGGAUGCUUUGGCAACUUUAGCCUCCAUGAUCCAAAUCUCCGGUGAUGAUGUGAUUAAGCCUUUGGUGAUUGAAAUUAGUCAAGAACCGGCACAUUGCAUGGAAAUCAAGGUUGAUGACAAACCAUGGUUUCAUGAUAUUAAACAGUUCUUACAAAAUGGGGAAUACCCUCUACAUGCUUCUGAGGCGAACAAGAAGACAAUCAGAAAAUUAGCAGCUUCAUACUUCUUGAGCGGAAAUACAUUGUAUAAGUGCUCUGCUGAUAUGACCUUGUUGAGAUGUGAUGAUGAAACAGAAGCAAAACAAGUCAUGACUGAGGUCCAUGAAGGGAUAUGUGGAACACAUGCAAAUGGAAGAAUGCUUGCUAGAAAAAUUCUCCGGGCUGGCUAUUAUUGGUUGACUACGGAACAUGAUUGCAUCAAAUAUGCACGAGCUUGUCACAAAUGUCAGAUUUAUGCUGAUCAUAUUAAUGCUCCGCCUUCAUUACUGCAUAAUAUGUCCGCUCCUUGGCCAUUCUCCAUGUGGGGCAUUGAUGUGAUUGGGACAAUUAAUCCUAAGGCUUCCAAUGGUCAUCAAUUCAUCUUGGUUGCUAUCGAUUAUUUCACCAAAUGGGUAGAAGCGGCAUCUUAUGCUAGUGUUACAAAGAAGGUGGUCACUCGCUUCAUCAAAAGAGAGAUCAUCUGCAGAUAUGGGCAACCAGAGGCCAUCAUUACUGAUAAUGCAAGCAAUUUGAACAAUGAUAUGAUGACUGCACUAUGCAAGCAAUUCAAGAUCAAGUAUUUGAACUCUUCUCCAUACCGACCAAAGAUGAAUGGUGCGGUGGAAGCUGCCAACAAGAAUAUCAAGAAGAUUCUAGCUAAAAUGGCAGUUACUUACAAAGAUUGGCAUGAAAUGUUACCAUAUGCUCUCCAUGCUUAUAGAACCUCUAUUCACACUUCAACUGGGGCAACACCUUAUUCCUUGGUAUAUGGAAUGGAGGCAGUAUUACCAGUUGAGCUAGAAAUCCCUUCUAUGAGGAUCUUAUCCGAGUCAGGGAUUGAUGAAGAAGACUUGAUUCAGAAAAGGAUAGAUUAUCUCAAUUUGCUUGAUGAGAAAAGAUUGGCAGCUCUUUGUCAUGGCCAAUGCUAUCAGCGACGAAUGGCAGCAGCUUACAACAAAAAAGUCAAACCUAGAAUAUUUCAUCAAGGGGAUCUCAUCUUAAGAAAGAUCAUGCCAAAUGAAAGAGACCCUAAGGGCAAAUUCGCACCAAAUUAUGAAGGGCCCUAUGUUGUUAAAUAAGCUUUCUCUGGAGGAGCACUCUUGUUGAGAUAUCCGGAUGGAACUGAUUAUCAUCACCCGGUGAAUGCCGAUGCUGUCAAAAUGUACUAUUGCUAAAAAAAAAAAAAUUAGGUUGAAAACUCGAAAAGGCGGCCUAACAAAUUAAAUGUUUCCUU